ACUCUAAUACUGGACAUGUGAUUACAGGUAAUAACUUUGAAAUUGUUUUACGAGAAAAACAAAGGUAUAAGUUGCUGGUUAAGGAGUCGUUAGUCAUUCGGGCUAGCUUACCCAUGCUUAAUGGUACCACUGUACGUGUAUUCUGAGGGGGUAAUGUCAAAUCUCUGGGAUAGAAAAAAAAUUCCUAGGAAAGGUGUUGGAGGCUAGUACAGUAAUAUUUCUCUCAUCUACUUCAAUUCACUUUUUCUUCAGUAUGUUUUAUCUCUACAUGACUCAACACUAGCGUUUUUAAAAUUUUUUUUAAAAUUUCUUUUCUUUUCAAUUCAGCCUAUUCUUUAUAAGAAAAUAAAAUGUACAUAUAACAAAAUUCUCCAUUCAUAAUCUCGUUCUCUUUCUUUCCUCUCUCCUUGUCAUGCACAUGGAUUUUCAGAUUUUUUUGUGAUGUGUGUGCCUGGAUUAGAAAAACACUAGAUAAUAUACAAUCAGUUAUUUUGUUUUAAACUUUAUGUAACAUCCUGUGAGAAACUUGAAAAUGACCGUAUUAAUAGGUCGAAAUAUCGAAUUAUAAUUUUAAUUUUUAGUUUUUAUUAUUUGAUUAAAACUUUUUAUUAAAAUUCUUAAUAUGAUAGCCGCAUUGGUUUUAAAAUUUUUAUUCUUAACUUUGCGAAUAAACUCGAAAAACGUGGUUGUAGUACAAAAAUGUUUAGAAUAUGGUCCAAACAAGAUCAACAUUUACUACAACUUUCUACAAAGGGUAAACAACUUAAGCGUUUAAAACGUGGUGUAGCAAAACUAUGGCAUCAAGAAUUAGAUACUAAAUUGAUUGAUUGGUUUGAAUCGAAAAGAACAAUGCCAGUCGAUGAACAACAAACAACGACAAUUAUAAAAGAACGUAUCACAUUUAAAUUAUUCAUUCGACAGGGUUCAGCAAUUACUUCAUUAUUAAAUAUUAAUCAAACAUCCAAUAAAUGUAGUCAAAAAGUUCUUAAUUUAGGUGUUAAUGGAUCUUUCCCGGCUCAAGAUAUAUGCAAUAUGGAUGAAAGACCUCUUGCAUUAUGGGGAGAUCAAAGUAAAUGUAGUUUAAAUUAUAUGAAUACACCUAAUGAAGUUGAAAGUAUCUUAGUUGCUUGA